CACCAUCAGGGCGGCCAUAUUUGUUGUUCUCUGUGUGAUCCUACUCCAACAUUGAGAAACUUUCUCGAAAUUCCUCCCGCCUCCCGUGAAAAAUAAGGCAAGAAAUCAUGUCAUCCCUAACCCGGCGGGGCGGGAACCUGACCCAAAGGCACAAGGCGGGCGCAGAUGGCGGCGAGGAAGAGGAAAAUUUCUCGCCAGACGUGGAAGAAUGCGAAGAGGAGUUUGACCAGGAUUCGUCAAAGGAGAAGCGACUGACCCUCAUGGAGGAAGUGUUGUUACUUGGACUGAAAGAUAAGGAGGGUUACACAUCAUUUUGGAAUGACUGUAUAUCAUCCGGUCUCCGCGGCUGCAUGCUAAUAGAGCUGGGUCUCAAAGGUCGCAUUGAACUUGAAAAGACUGGCAUGAGGCGAAGAAGCCUCCUCAACCGCAAAGUCCUGUGCAAGUCGGACACGCCCACGGGUGACGUGCUAUUGGACGAGGCCCUGCGACUUAUCAAAGAGACCAGCAACACAGAGACGACACAAGGGUGGAUCGAGCUACUCAGCGGCGAGACCUGGAAUCCCACCAAACUGCGCUUCCAGCUGCGCAAUGUGCGGGAGCGGCUGGCCAAGAACCUGGUGGAGAAGGGCGUGCUGACCACGGAGAAGCAGAACUUCUUGCUCUUUGACAUGACCACUCAUCCGCUGACCGACACCACGGCCAAGCAGCGGCUGAUCAAGAAAGUUCAGGAUGGCGUGCUGAGCCGUUGGCCCAACAACCCCCACCGCAUCGAGAAGCGACUGCUAUCCCUCAUCUAUCUAGCCCACUCCUCAGACGUGCUGGAGAACGCUUUUGCACCCCUAUCGGACGAGGAUUACGAGCUGGCCAUGAAGCGAGUGCGCGAGCUCCUAGAUCUUGACCCGGACGCCCAGAUCGGCAAAGCCGGGGUGAACGAUGUCAUGUGGGCCGUCAUCGCCGCGUUCAUCAAAUGAUGAACGUCCUGUAAGCAUACCUUCUCCUUAGAUGGUCACACAGCGGGACUCGGAAUCCUCCUGUCAACUCUGUAUAGAAAAAUAUAAAACUUGGGGAAGAAAUGGGGUUAGGGGGCGGCAUGGUGGGUGGGAUGGGCUUGGGUCGGGGAGGUGAGAGAGCAGGCACGAUGCAGGAGUUUGGGUGUUCAUUGUAACAACAUGGAAAAAUCACAAACCAAGUGUUUGUGCGUGUACAAAUGUAGUAAGCCGUUGGAAUAGUAACUUAUGUUCCGUUAAUAGCAAGGGGAUGAACUGAUAACGAUCAUUUUAUUGUUUUUUUUUUUCUUUUUUUGACCUGUUGGCUUUGAAUAUGGUAUGUAAUGGUCUAAUGGACGAUAUUUGUAUUAAACAUGUUUGAAAGAGAAACUUGUAGUUGAAGCAUUGUCCGGUUUGCAGUCCAAUUCGAGGGACCUCAGAGAUUAUGUGAGUAAACAGGGGAGUUGACCAAACUAUUACGACUUUGAAGUAAGAAUGCAUAAUCUUAUUCAAAAAUUGCCCCCAAUUUAGACACUGUUCCGACUCACCCUUCCCUUUUUGUUUUGUUUUUCAUUUUUGAAAAUUUAUGUUAAGUAUUGAAAGUUUCUCAGAUGAGUCAUACAACAAAUUUUUGCAUUGCUUCUUAGCUAUUUGUACAUGUACAUAGAAUUCCAUCCUUGGGCUCUGCCAUCGAUCAGCCAAGUUUGCCCCUUAGAUACAAUCAACAUGCAGAAAUUCUGAUCUCUUGUAAAGUUUCCUCUACUGUGCUCAGAGAAUUGAUCAAUGAGCCGUAAACCCUCUGCUAAAGCCAUUUCACUCGCCAUGAUCAGAGAAAAUCCAUUCUCCUUGCUGCAGCGAGUCGGUCAAAUAUUACAGACGCAUAGAACUCUGCAUGCACAGUAUGUACGUGUACAUGUCCUGGGAAAACAGUUCAGACCAUCUGUUGUUUUUUCAGCAUCACGUUGGGUUUGUUGAAAUGGCUGUGCUGCUGAUUCAUUUGCAUCAGUUGGCAGCUGUUUCCACACUGGUCACUGCGUUGCCUGCAAAAUAUUUAGAUGGGUGCGUUGAACAGACACAUGCAUGUACAAUGUUGUUUCCCAUCAUUCGUGGUACUGGGAAGUAAACCUGUAUGUACAUAUACAUAAAUACAUUGUCAUUGCACAUGUACAUAAAGGAAAUAAGCAGUGAAUAAAGCAGUGAAUGGUGCCAUGCACUGGUUUGCAUGCCUGUACUGCUUGGAGGGUACCUGGCUGAUUUGCAACUGAAUAAGCACAAAAGUGAAGAGUCUUUGUUCCAGGACAGCUGUCAAGAAGUUCUUUAGAUUUCUAGCAUUACGGGCAUUGCUGUGCACUGUCUGCCGUAAUAUACAAGCAGUACGACAGCGGGUAUAAAACUUGUCUUGCAUCAGUUAAAGUUGAAAAACAGCAGCCUGGAAUUCACGAUCCAGUCACUUUCCGCAUGUAGCAAUCGUAGCGAUCCUUCAUUUAUAAUUUACUUAAGUAUUUGACUGCCAGGCUUUUUUUUUUCUAAUUUAACAAAAAAUAGUAGUGUCAUAGUGACGGUGUAUUCAGUGCUCUGUAAACACAGUGGAUACUUACUGAAAAGGAAAACAGAGUAAAAGACAUUGCUUUAUUAAGGUUCAGCGGUUAGUAAUUUUACCCGGUACUUGAAAUUGGAUGCCAGCUGUAAAUUGUUAUCCUUUUAGUUACACUUGUAUAAUAUGAACUGUUUUGAGGAGACUUCAUUUGCCACUUUCAUUUUAUGUCAAAAAUUAAGUGGAGUUUUUACAAGCACAUGUGACCUCAUGUACAUUUCAGGGGCAGUUGGCACCUGUUCAAUUUAUACACAUUGUUCAAAUGGGCAAAUACAGAACGUGUGCUUGGCUUCAACCAUGCAGUCAAAGGUUACAGAAUUGUUCAACACAAAAUAGUUAAUAUCUCUCUUUAUUUGUUUGUAUAUAUUGCAAUACAUAAACUAUAAACACCAAGUGUAGUUGAAAAUGUAUUUUGCAGUAGCUUGUUUCGUGCCUUCUUGUUUUAAAUUUCUAAUUCUUUUUUUCCCCCAUAUGUAUAAUAAAUUUAAAUAGGGAACUGCGCCUUGAUUUUAUUCUGUAGCUGGUAAAAUGAACACACAGAUGAAAGCAGGAGAGAAUUUCUUUGAGUUGCGUUCUCCCGGUUACUUUUUUGUUUCCUUUUAUUAUUGGGAGAUAUUGAGAAUGUCGGAAGUUUUUGAGAGGAAAUCUUGUCGGCUGCUUUGCGAGAAUUGUAGGGUACUUUUUACUCCAUAUUUUUUGAGUGGUUAUGUAAAAAAGGAAAGGUAGGUAACAGUGUAUAUAGAGAACAUUGUUGCGAGUUGGGACAAAGUGGGGAAUUUUUCUAAAUUUUCAAGACAACCAUAUUGCAUUAAUCAUGUCUGUAAUGUUCCGUAACUUUAGUCGGGUGGAUUGCUAGUCCCUUCAUUUUGUUUUGUUUAAAAGACUUGUUGAUCAAAAACGUGUACGACAGUGAACUUGAUUGAAUCCCAAAUAUUUAAUGAGCUUAAUUAGCAGGGGAGACACAGACCUUGUGAGUUGGUGAUUCCUACAUUGGCAGAUGGAUGUGCUUUUAUACAUACAUUAGUGUUGAAAUUUAAGUUCAAGGCUGCUAGGUGUAAACAGAAGGUCUUGUCAAUUCAUCUGUCUAGAGGCAUAAAAAGAAAGCCAUAUGGAGAGCUUUGUUGGAAUGCUAACUGUUAAGUUGGGCAAAUAAUUCUUGGUGUUAUAUUAGAAAAAAUUUAUUUAUGUACAGUUGGGGCAAAAAGUUGACAUACGCCUGGUAGAGCAAAUACAAUUUUCCGCAAAUUCUACAAAAAUAUUUCAAACAGCAAAAAAUUGAGGAAAACUGUUUUUCUACCAAGUGCAUGUAAACUUUUUGCCCCAACCGUGCAUGUAUAUUGUUACCAUGGGUGUGCGGACAAAAUACCUGAGUGCACGUCCAAUUAAGUCAGUCCACCUGCAAGUAUUGAAUGCACUGGAUUAGCAGAAAUGGAGAGGGAUUACCAUUGUUAGUGCUUAUAUAGUUGACUUUUGUCAAUACAUAUUCCUUAUCAUUUGACAUUGGGCGAUGAACACGGUAUUCUCCGUACAAUGCUGAAUGUUUUGUGUAGAAACUGAAUGUACAGCAGUGGCUGCCACAGACGAAAUCCCAUUCAGUUUUGAAUUCCUAACACUUUUGAGUUCUGGAGUACCACUUGGAAAGUCAACACGCAGAGAUUUGCGUACUCGUAGAUCACGGCAUACUUUUGGUCGACAUACCGAGUGUGAAAUGUGGGGUUUUUGGGUGUCUGUGUGUACAUGUAAAACAAGUGUUGUCGGCUGAAUGUAUGUGUACCCUGAAAGUUGACCUUUGGGGUAAGAAUCUUGGCUGCAGAUUUGUAGAUAUGGCUGGAUUUGGACAGAAUAUGGCGAUUUGGAAAAACAAAAUAGAUCAAGUGAAUGGCCCAGUAAAGUAUGUGCCACUGAACUUUCACCUUUGACCCAGCAGAUGCAUGUUACAUGUUUACUUAUUGUGAUUAAUUGCUUUGUUGAGGUUAACAUUUAUUUUUGGAAAAAGUAACAGAUGACCUCAACUUGUGGCUGUGAUACAAAUGAAUAUUUAUGUCAUGAAAUGAGUUGCAAGUUAACCUACAGCAUGAUCAUUGCGUGUCUGUUUGGUGUUGAAGGUUCCUGGUGUACACAGAAAUUGCAGUGUCAAGCUGGAGAGUUCUUGUUCAUUUGUGUUUAUAAAAGAAGGCAAGAUUCUCCAGGUACCAGACCUAUUUACAACACCAGAAUAUUCCAUUGUAUAUACAUUUCCCAAGUAUGUAUUGGAGUUAAGGUUUUUUCCCCCUGUCCUUUCUCUGUCUAUAUCAUUGGAACUCUUUGUAAAUCUAAUCCUUUAAUGAACGAAUAAAGAUUUAAGCUAUGAGCAAGAGCA